AAGAGAAUUUUGAAAUUACCCUUAAACCUACCUUUCAGAAGAUUAAAGUUGGUUGCUUCAAAUGGUAAUAGUUCACAUAUCGCUAUCAUUAGGCUGGGCCAAACCCACGGUUCACGGUGGAGAAAGGAGGCCUAGAAGUCAUCGACGUUGGUGGGAGAAGUCAAGGUCUUUGGAUUGGAAGAAUCGUGGAGGGGUCAGUCCCAAGGCUACCUCAAAACACAAACUAAUGAGCAUUUGAGGCUAUGAUGCAAGAUUAUCUGAUAAAUUGCCUUGGAAAGUUCACCCAUCACCUUAAUCUUCUUCUUCAAUCAGGUAUCAAAAUUGCCAUCAAGAGAAGAAUUGUUUCGGGCUAAUAAAUCAUGGAACUCUAAUGGUCCUAAUUGAUAAAUGAUUUUGAUAAAUGUGCAUGUUAAGAACCUAUGAUGGCCAAAGAACCAGGGAGCAAGUGCAGAAGUUUAUUGAGAUCUGUAGAAGAGAGGGCAUUGUCCAAAAAGGUGGAGGAAAAGCAAGUACCCUAUCUUCCUAAAGAUUGUUUUUCUAACAUCCUUGUUCGGCUUCCUAUUGAAUCUCUACCAAGUUCAAGGUUGGUUUGUAAGCCAUGGUAUAAAUUGAUUAAUAGCCCUAUUUUCAUUGAUGCCCAUCUCCGUCGCUCCGAAGUUGUUCUAAUCUUUUUAACACCAAUUGUGAAACAAGAAACAUACUUAGACCCUUUUUCUACGAGAUCAAUCUCACAAGAGAAACCAAACACUUUCUCUGUUGAAGUAAACCUUCUUCAAUUGGAAUCCGCCCCUCUUUUUCAUCAACCAGUCAUAGACCCCAGAAGAAAGUCCUAUAUCCAGUUCAUGGAGAUUAAAGAUGGAAAGAGCAAGAUUGGAGAGUUUAACAUAAGCUGCAUGGGCGAGAUUACAGCCAGUUUCAAUGGUCUGAUUUUGCUUGAAAACAAGCUGAAGAGAGGAAGAUUGGUAGUCAUGAAUCCUGUUACUCGGAAACUCACUGAACUUCCUCUAGGAACUUUAUCUCAACCCCAUCAAGAAUCUUAUGGCUUUGCAUUAAGCGAUUCUACAAGCGAAUACAAAGUGGUACACUUGUUUCAUGAUGAGUUGAGGUACAUCAAUUGUGAGAUACUGAAUGUUGGGACAAGAACUUGGAGACCAGUGAAUGGACCUUCUUUUGGGCUCAUUAGUUGGUUCGGGUACAAACCGGUUUCUGCCAUGGGAGCUCUGCACUGGGUUCCUCACAUCAACGACAACGAUUACAUAGUGUCUCUGCACUUGGAAAAUGAAAAGUUCCACACUGUCCAGCUCCCAAAGAGUUACAGAACUCAUGAUGGAAUCGUUGAGAUGGGAGGCAGCCUAUGUUUUGUGUCUCAUGAUGAAGAUAUGCUCCAAAUCGGCAUCUGGAGCUUGAAGGGUUUGUCUGGAGAAGGUUGGACAAAGCAGCACUGCAUCACAACUGGCUGCAUACUGGACAUGGUUCCUCUGUUCAGUAUGCGAACGACUGAAGAAAUGGUGUUCAAGAGGGAUGAAGAUGGGUCCUUGUAUGCCUAUGAUUUCCAACUCCAGGUGAUGAGAAAGAUUGACAUGGAAACCCCAUUAUCUGACUGCUACCUGCCUCAUGUGAAUAGCCUUGUUUCAUGGUGUCCCAAGGAUUCGAGUGAAGAUGGGAAUUAUUGAAUUAGCCUUUGUUUUAGGUAUUGUGGAUAGAUAGACAAUCUUUUGAAGUUACAGCCUCCCUUCGUUCUCAGCUGUGUUUUGGUUGGUAUGUGUUUUAUGAAAGGACAUUUUCUUGUAUGUGUAUAUAAUUAAAUGUUAUGAGAAAGUAAGUCUUGUUUGGUAA